AGCAGCACCGGACGCGCCUCGGCCCCGCUUGGCCAUCGCACCGGCCGCGCUCCAGACGCUCGGGCAACGAAAGAUCGCGCAUCGGGCCUCGCGCAGACGCAAAUCUCGAGGGCAAAGAGCCGCGGGCCAGUCGUUAACUCUAACGCAAGGGCCCCAGGAAGAGACGCAACAGACGUUCCGGCCAGCAGCGGGUGGCCUCCAGUCUGCUGUUAGCCAACGACGUAGGCAUUCGGCGGCCCAGAGGACAGUUAGGAAGUCGACGAUUUUGAGCGACUGUAUUGACUCGUGAGGCUGCCCGCGUGCGGCCCUGAUGACGACGCGCCACCGGCAGACACAAGACAGACCCAUGGCAAAUAGCAGCCAGCGAUUGGCGCUCAAUGCCAACAAGAACAAGAACUGGAGGGCCAACUACCUACGUGCACUUAACAUCUUCACACCGGACUUAGCCACACCCUCGCGCGGUCGAUACGGCCCAAAUGGAGAUGGGGGUCGGCGAACGGCUAAUGGACGUGCCGAGACGACUUCAAGUCGUCGCCGCACUGCAGCCACGGCGACGGCUGAGACGACGCGUCGGCCCGAGAGUAACAGUAACAACAGCAGAGGACGAUCGUCUGUCUCGGUGUCGACGUCGGCUCGGCCGAGCAGCAGAUCCACGUCGUCGUCCAGAAGCAGGCGGGCCACGUCUCCGUCAGAGGACAAGACGUCCUCGUACGUGUUCGGCCUGCGGUCUCAUCUCUUCCGGGCGCGAAGACACGCAUCCAAGAGCGAUCAAAUGGUGGUGGACCGCGUGUCUGCACCGAUCGAGAUCCCCACCGGUUCUUGUAUAACCUCGCCGACGGCGAUCCCGUCGCAUGGGGAGAAGUUGUCGGACAGAAGAGACUCUGAGUCCCGUCGGAGACGUGGAAGCAGCAACGACUUUCAGAACUCAAAUGACCCUAAGCAGCCUGUCGUGCAAUUAUUGUCGUGGGAAGAGCCGUCCAUGAUGCUCGGGACGGGAGGCUGGCCGUUGGAGAGCAAGAAGCGCUACAACAACGACGGCUUAGCUAUCCCAGUGAACAAUGGCCGGUCAAGGAGGCCGUAUGCAGGCCCCGACGGCAUCGCCGAGGAGUGCGAGGACACGGACGACGAAGGAUUGACCAACACAGAAGACGACGAUGACGACAUAUUUAAGAUGGAGUUCGAGGGCGAACCCAGCGACUCCAGUGCCAGUAGUAACGUAUUUAGGGGCAAACGAAAGAGCAAAGAUAAGCGGCGUGUGGACCUGCGGCAGCGUCGGCCCGGACGCUUUGACGACUUCGAUGACGACGAAGAGACCGAUGUGGUGACGCCACUGUCCGCCUCGUUCGUGCCGCCGCACCAAAUGGUGGAACGUGGCUGUUUCUCGCUGGGCCUUCGCGAUGAACUCAAGCGGAAGCCGGGCAUGCGCAGCUAG